AUGGGAAAAUGUGACGAAGCUAAUGUCGAAGUUAGUAUGGGGGACUCGGCGUCCCCCAUGAAACCUGAUAAUUUUACCUUCACCGUACCUCCGGAGGCCCCCGUCUUCGAACCAACGCCUGAAGAAUUCCUGGAUCCUUUAGCGUACAUCAGUAAAAUCAGGCCAAUUGCGGAGAAGUCGGGGAUUUGCAAAAUUAAACCCCCUCCCCAUUGGCAGCCACCAUUUGCUGUAGAUGUCGAUCGUCUACGAUUUACACCAAGAAUUCAACGGCUUAAUGAAUUAGAGGCUAUUACACGUGUGAAGCUAAAUUUCCUAGACCAAAUCAUAAAAUUCUGGGAACUACAAGGUUCUGUUCUGAAGAUACCUACUGUUGAAAGGAAGCCGUUGGACUUGUAUGCUUUACAUAAGAUUGUGAAGGAGGCUGGCGGUUUUGAAGUAUGUUCUGCGGAGCGGAAGUGGUCAAAAAUCGCCCGUCGUAUGGGUCACCCUCAGGGCAAAGGCAUCGGGUCAAUAAUGAAGAACCAUUAUGAACGCAUCCUCUACCCUUAUGACGUGUUCAAAAAUAACGGCGCUGUGGGGGACAAUAAGGAGACGAAAAUUGAAGUAAAAACCGAGCAAACGCCUGAAAAAGUAAACGCUCGUAGCCGGUCAAGCAGCAAAGGCCCAGCGGCAACUCCGCCCCCCGGGCGCCGGUACAAGACAUCGGAGCCCGAGGCGGCUGAAGGCAGCCACACUGAGGGAGCUUUGCCCGGGACCGAUGACAAGAAGACGCCUAUUAAGGAGGAACCUACCGAGAAUCGGAGGAGUCCCCGUGAAAACAAAUGGAUGUCGAGUGCUGCGUCGUGUGGCGCACGCGCUCGUGUCCUUAGAUCGACGAAAUUACGCGAGCAUCGCUUGAGUAAUAUGACCGUGUCAGUUACUCCAGCACCUGUGCCUGCGCCGCCUGUAACUACGCCACGGCCUUUGGACCCUUUGGCGAAGUACAUGUGCCACAUUUGCGGUAGGGGUGACAUCGAAGAGCAAAUGUUACUCUGUGACGGGUGUGAUGACUCAUACCACACUUUCUGCCUUGUGCCACCCCUGGCUGAUGUACCUAAGGGUGAUUGGCGAUGCCCCGUCUGCUUGGCUGAGGAGGUAUCAAAACCAGCGGCAGCUUUUGGCUUCGAGCAGGCGUCCCGUGAAUACACCUUACAACAAUUCGGAGAAAUGGCAGAUCAAUUCAAAUCGGAUUACUUUAACAUGCCUGUACAUAUGGUGCCAACUUCAACAGUGGAGAGAGAAUUUUGGCGAGUUGUCUCUUCCAUAGACGAGGAUGUCACAGUUGAAUAUGGAGCAGAUCUACACUCUAUGGAUCAUGGAUCAGGAUUCCCAACAAAGUCAAGCGCACACCUAUAUCCCGGUGAACAACAAUAUGCUGAGUCGAGUUGGAAUUUGAAUAAUUUGCCCGUUUUGGAGGGUUCAGUAUUGGGACAUAUUAAUGCUGAUAUAUCAGGCAUGAAGGUUCCAUGGCUGUAUGUCGGUAUGUGCUUUGCGACAUUCUGUUGGCACAACGAAGAUCACUGGAGUUACUCAAUCAAUUACCUACAUUGGGGUGAAGCGAAGACAUGGUAUGGAGUACCAUCCUCCAAGGCGGAACAGUUCGAGGCAGCAAUGAAGGCCGAAGCCCCAGAGCUGUUCCAGCUGCAACCAGACCUGCUGCAUCAGCUCGUUACCAUCAUGAACCCCAAUGUCCUCAUGAAGGCUGGCGUGCCUGUUUAUAGGACGGAUCAGCACGCGGGCGAAUUCGUCAUAACCUUCCCUCGCGCUUACCACGCUGGCUUCAACCAAGGAUACAAUUUUGCUGAAGCUGUUAACUUUACGCCAGCUGAUUGGCUAAAAAUGGGCCGCGAAUGUAUCGGCCACUAUUCGACACUACGCCGUUAUUGUGUAUUCUCGCAUGACGAAUUAGUAUGCAAAAUGGCGUUAGAGGCAGAUUCACUCAGUCUCACUGUCGCGUUAGCGGCCUAUAGAGAUAUGAGGACCAUGCUUCAUGAUGAGAGGAAAUUGAGAAAAGCACUCUUGGACUGGGGCGUUACCGAAGCGGAAAGAGAAGCGUUCGAACUCCUCCCAGACGACGAGCGGCAGUGCCACCUCUGCAAGACGACGUGCUUCCUCUCGUGCGUCACGUGCACGUGUACGCAACACGUUGCGUGCUUGAGACAUUUCCAUCAGUUGUGCGAUUGUUCACCCGCUGUGCAUAAACUUAGAUAUCGUUACACGUUAGACGAGUUGCCGGCCAUGUUGGAGAAGUUGAAACGCAAGUCGGAGCAGUUCCGUGAGUGGGCGGAGGCUGUGCAGAACGCGUUAGACCCCGACACGCCCAAGACUUGCGACCUCGAUGGCCUGAGGGCGCACUUGAAGAGGGCACAUGAUCUCAAAAUACACAAAACUGAACUAGUCCGAGCACUCGAAACGGCAAUAGAAGAUGCCGAAAAGUGCGCUUCUGUGAUACAACAACUUGAUUUAAAUAAAAUGAGGACACGUACGCGUCACCAUGACCCCAAAUAUAAGCUGACAAUACAUGAGUUGACGUUAUUUGCCGCGGAAAUAGAUGGAUUGGCUUGUGUUUUGCCUGAAGGAUCGGCUGUCAAAGAAGUUUUACGUCAAACAGAAGAGUUUGAAGAUCGCGCGACUGAAUUACUGAAUAUGGAUUUGGAUGAAUGCGAUUCUUCUUCCGUGAGAGAACUAGAGGAUGUGGUAGAACUCGGCACCCAUCUAUGUAUAGUGCUGCCCCAGCUACCAGCUUUGCAAGCGCGAUUACUCCAAGAGAAAUUCAUCGUAUCAUCGAGGGAACAUCGUGAGGACUACGCGACACUAUCGCCGGAGGUUAUCGAUAAAUUACUCCAAGAAGCGGCUAGUGUUGUGCCGCAUUCCAGGGUCGAGAUCGAGAGGGCGCGGUUGUAUAAGCUUAAAUUGCAAGUGGAAGAGUGGGAGACCCGUGUGAAAGCAGUACUAUUGGAUAUGAAUACAACCAGAAGUCCCGAUAUGAUGGAGGACUCGGAGCGAUCGCACACAACAAUCACCGAAUUGGACGCUUUGUUGGCUGAAGGCGAUGAUAUUGAGGCGUCUUUGCCUUCUCAACACGCUUUGAAAGCAGCUGCCGGUCACGCCAAGGACUGGUUGGCUAAGGUAGAAGAAAUGCAGUCAAAAGAAUUAUACCCAUACAUGCAUAGUGUGGAAGCUUUGGUAAAGCGGUCCAUGCAAAUACCGAUAUCGUUAUUCGAGAAGGAUCAAUUGGCAGCAGCUCUACAGUCGGCUAAGGAGUGGAAGAGAGGCACUGCUGAGAUGUUUUUGAAAAAGAAUUGGCCGUUCACCCUACUAGAAGCCCUCUCACCUCGUACGGAAACGAGUAGCCCUCGGCGACGGGGAAGAGAUAAUUCAGAGGAUCCACCUCUUUUGAAGCACUUUAGUGAAGAUGCCACGCCCACUGAGAUCGUUGCAGCGUUCAAACAGGCCGAGUUGAGGGAGUUGGCUGCUAUCAGAGAGUUGAGGUCCAAAAAUAUGCGCAAAGAAGUCCGGUCACCGCCCACAGCCGGUCUCACGUUUUGCACAUGUCAGAAACGACAAUAUGGCUUGAUGACACAAUGUGAACUGUGCAAGGAUUGGUUUCAUGCAUCGUGUAUAUCAGCUGUCCGUGAUGAAACAGAAGAUAGAGAAGAAAGCCCAGAGCCAAUAGAGUUGCCGUUCCCGUCUCCAGAAGCGAAGUUCCUCUGUCCAGACUGCACCAGAACGAAACGGCCCCGACUACAUCGCAUCCUUGCGUUAUUGGUAUGGUUACAAAAACUCCCAGUACGGUUAGCAGAGGGUGAGGCGUUGCAAUGCGUGACAGAAAGGGCAAUGGCGUGGCAGGACACGGCAAGAGCUAUACUUUCAAGUCCCCAACUGGCUGCGUACAAGACGGAUCCCACGCAAAGGUCAUCAGCGAGCGUGGAGCACGCGUACAGUGCGACGCCGCGGUCGCCAAACAGUCGUACACCAAGCAUUCUUCAGAAGCUCGAGGAUGCCAUGUUGGAGGGGGACCUUCUUGAGGUCCGUCUGGAAGAGCAAGCGCAGAUCUGGAGUGCCGUGUGGGCAGUUCGAAGUGCGGAGGGCCGUCGCUCGGGUCGCGUCUUGGAGGCGGGCAGGCGCAAGAGGCCUCCGCAGCAGAGGCAUCAUCAUCAGCUCAAGCGGAGUCGGCCUCAUGGUGUCCCAGGACCGACAGCAAAGACAGUCAAGCGAGGCUCAUCAACAACCACCAACUACCUGAAUCGGAAGCAGCCUUUGUCUUCUGCAUCAGGUCUGAUGAUGCGCAAGCAUUACAUGGCCCGACAAGAGAGGAGGAAACGGGCCAAACAUGUUCGCCACACUAGAUUAGGUGGUCAAACCCGUGGUGGUCACGCCGCAGCAAGUUCGACUCGUCGCCAGGCUGCGUCACGAAGAAGCAGUACGUCAUCUCUUUCAUCAGCUGAGGAUGAUGACGAUUGUGCGGCCGCUGCUUGUUUGAGACCUACUGGCAAAGUGGAUUGGGUACAAUGCGACGGAGGCUGCGAUCAGUGGUUCCACAUGCAUUGCGUGGGCUUGAGUCGCGGCGCGUUGCGUGAAGACGACGACUACGUGUGCGGUUCGUGCGCGCAAAAAAGAGAUACGAUACAUUAA